AUGUUGGUGCUUGAGAAGACCGCCAACAUGAGGGCGUUGGGAGGGCACUGCGAUGGGCGUCACCUAGGACCACCACGUCCGAGUCGUCGUCGGAGGGGGGUGGUGUGGGCGCACCGCUGCCGCCGCCGCACCUGCCCAUCCCGCCAGGUGCCGACGCGACCGUUGUGGCCGGCUCACCUGGCGUCUGGGCCGUCCUCCUACACGCCGUUCUUCAUCAGCAACAUCCUGGGCCUGCACCGGCCCGACGCGUUCGGCUUCUUCCGCGCGCCGCCGGCCGUCGGCGCCGGCGGCGACUCGGACGAGCCGCUCAACCUGACGGUGCGCAGCCCGGACGCCGGCUCGCCGCGCGACGCCGCCGACGGCGACGGCGACGACCCGGCCCGGCCGCCGGCGAAGGCCGCACGCAAAGAUCGGCCGUCCAAGAAACGGAAGGAGCCGCCGUCCGGGCUGACGGCGGAGGAGGUGGACGGUAGGAGGAAGAAGGCUCGCACCACCUUCACCGGGCGCCAGAUCUUCGAGCUGGAGAAGCAGUUUGAGAUGAAGAAGUACCUCUCCUCCACAGAGCGGUCCGACAUGGCCAAGCUGCUCAGCGUCACCGAGACCCAGGUAAAGAUAUGGUUCCAGAACCGACGCACCAAGUGGAAGAAGGCCGAGAACGAGGCGGCAGCCGCCGCCGCCGCCGCCUCGGCCGCAGGCGCUGCCGGUGCCGCUGUCACUCCUGCUGCCGCCGGCUCUGCCGCUGCCGCCGAGAAGGGGCCGCGCACGUCCGAGUCCGAGGCGUCUUCGGCCGGGGUGGCGGCGGCGGUGGAGGACGUGCCAGAGGCAGACGGCAUCACGAGGGCGACAUCGCCCGGCGACGAACCACACCCACCGCCGGCCAGCCCGGACCAGACUGGCAGAAGCCCGGCCCGCUCGCCGCCGCUGCUGCCACCGCAGGUGCCGCCGGAGGCAGCGCGCGCCGCCAAGCAGCGCAACGGCAUCGCCAAGCUGGAGAGUCUGGUGUUCGAGCGCGAGAAGGAGGCGGCGCUCAACAACAACAACGUGGUCUCGGAACAGAGCCGGCAGCGGGCCGAGAGCUGAUCGCGCUGCCGCCUGGCGGACGCAAGGCGAAACAGGGUGUGGCCGCGCCGCCGCCGUCGCCCAACCGCGUCCCAUUCGGACGCCCCCCGCUUGGGGACGGUGCCUGUCAUGCUUGGACAACGCGUGUUCUCUGACUGUCGGCGUCGAACCCUUGUCACGCUGUUUUACAGGGAAUGUCCCUGAGAAGUGUUGUUUGAUCGCAUUAAAUUCAAAAACCGUAAUGGGCAUUUCCGAUUGAAAUGUCAGGUAAAUGAAAGUGAAGAAAAUAUCAGGUAAAAUCAGACUUGGCAAUGAUUUCCUUAAUAGAAAGCCACGAUUUUCUCAAAAGACCACAAUGUUUCAGAGGGAGGAUGAAGCAUGGUCUGGCGUCUUCACAGGACUUCAACCUCAACUUAAACGGCAUGUUUGUAGUUCUUUCUAACCCCAAAACCUAAAAAAACUCGUCUCUUCCUUUCCAGUUUGUCGCCCAACCUGUCCUUCAUAGUCCACGCUACCAAAUCUACAACUAUGAGCGUGUUUUAAGCGGGCGGCACCCUGAUCCCGGGAAGGUUUGUUUGGGAGAAGUGGUGCGACCAUUGCGAGCUGACUGACCCGGGCCAGGGACACAUCUUCGGCUGGUGUAAUGAAGUGUUGGGCCUGAGCGUUAAGCAGUUGAAAACUUUAUGAUGGUCAGAUGCAUGCCUUUUUAAAGUUACCAUACAUACCCUUUAAAAGUUACCACACCUGCCAUAUCAUGCCUUUUAAUCGUUGAGCAUGGCGGUCAUUUGAGAAAACCGUUGUUUGUCAUUCCAUUACCGGACGGCGCCGCACAGUUUUACGAAGGCUUACUAUCGUGAAUUUUGAAUUUCAAUGCGAUCGACGUUAGAUUCCAGUACUCCACAAAAAACUGGGAUAAGGAGUUUGACGCCGACAAAAGUUACUCCCAUCUUUGCCUUACUGUCGCUCCGUAGACCACUAGGCUCAAGCGAAGAACGGGUUUUGUGAAGACGCCUGGGAUGGUGCCAUCGCCGUUGGAGCGGGACGGCACCUUACCGGGCGUCACUGUGCUGUACCAUUUAUCUAUCGAGCUGGGCGGAUCGGUACUCUCGGCUGGCAGCCCCGGGGGCUGUGUUUGCCGGCCGGCCCCACCGUCUGUCGACCAUGCGCGUGUCUGUGUCUGCCACGCCCGGCCUGCGGCGAGGGUCGGGCGCGACCUGAGCGUCACUCUGCGGGACGGCGCGGCGGCGGCGCUCGUCCUGGCGCUGCUCUCCCCCCUGGAUGUGCAGUCCAAUGGCUGUCGGAGGGGGGGGGGGGGGGGGCGCCCACCGGGCCAGGCCACUGCUGUACGUAUUUUUGUAGUCUGCGCGUCGGUGUAACACGGACGCGGAAGAGGCCCGGGGCUAGUCAUCGCGAGAGCUUAUCGGGGAGCGUCGACCGCCGUCUCAGCAGACCGCCCUCAGAGUGUCCGACUGUGUCAAGCGUCGGAGCCGGCCUCAGAGUGUCCGACUGUGUCAAGCGUCGGAGCCGGCCUCGGCGGGCCCUGCGGCGGCGGCGGCGACGGACGGUCCCGCGUCUCGCCGGCAGUGCAGAGGCGGGUUUCAGCGCGGGGCGUGUCGGUGGUCCCCCUAUUCCCUGCAGUCCCCUCCCCCCAUGCGUGCGCGGUGUGGCGCCCGUCACCGCCGCCGGCAGGGUCGGGGCCACCACCCGGCGCGCAAUAUGCUCCCAUCAUGCUCCCCAUCUGGCUAUCCGCCGACGGCGCGGGCGGUACAAAGGUUCUGGAUCUUCUGGCGACGCAGGAGCCGGUUCUCCCGGCUCAGCUAGCUGGGACACGAUGUGUUUGGUGUAAUGCUGUUGUCGCAGUGGUUUUGUGUUUAUUAUUUAAUUUCUGAAAGUAAUUAAUUAGUUUGCAUGCAUCGUUUCCACCGUUAAAUACCUAUGUGACUGUGCGUGCGAAGGUGGGCGCUUAAAUCAAAAAUAUACCAAUAAACAUUUCUUAGUUUA